GCGGCGCUCGGGCCGGGCUCUGGGCGCUGCGGGCUCGCUGUGCCCCCGGGCAGCCCGACGCAACACAGCCCGCCCGGGCAGCUCCGGCCCGGCCUCCCCCGGCCCGGCCUCCCCCCUCUCCGCAGCGCCCGAGGCGCAGGCAAGGCUCCCUUCCCGACGGGACAGGCCGCGCUGCUCCUCCGCCGCCGCUCCGGGACAGACAAUGGGCGAGCAGGGUCCUGGGGAAACGUGGCCUCGCCACACUGCGGAGCAGUGCCCUUCCCUGGCUCAGCGCCCAGUGCCAACAGAACACCUUGCAGGAUCCUCAGCAGCGCAGACAACCUGGAUGCUCAAGAGCAGAGGAUCUAUCAACUGCAGACCAAGCAGAGGGAGAGGCAGGCAGACCUGGAGCAGAAAUGCAGCCAGAGCAGCAGCUCAGCCAGGACCCGGGGGCCAGCCACCAGCUACGGAAGGGAGCUUGGAGCAGCUGGGGGCACAGAAACAGAGUCAAGGCCUGCAGUACAGCCCAGCCCGUCUGCAGGAGCAGCUGGGAGCCACCCAGGCCCAGGAGCAACAGAGUCUGCAGCAGCUCAGCAGAACCAACGAGGCCAUCCAAGGCCUACAUAGAAAAGUGGCAGAGCUGCAGCAACAGCUUUGCUGGCAGGUGCAGGACAUGGAGAACCUCCAGGCAGAGCUGGCCCAAGCUUGGCAAGAGAGCACCAAGCAGGCGGAAAAGAUUGCAGCCUACAAGACACACAGGCAACAGCUUUAUCGGGAGCCAAGGAGGAUGCAGACCUUCAAGGAGCAAACAGGAGGUUCUACAGGGCAACAACCUGACAGCACCAGCCCUGCAUGACUCUGCAGAGCUACCUCCACCAGGAGGUAGAGCUACUGGAGCUACCUCUUCCAGGACAAGAAGCAGUGCAAAACAAAGCAAGGACUAGACUGACAACCUUUAAAUAAGUAAAAUUCUUUCUGUUCUGUAAUAAAAUUAGUGCCAAGCACCAAAGCCUUCCAGGCUACAAGCUGUAGAGACCUCAGAAUACACUGAUUAGGGUAGGUGGGCACCACCUUAGGCCUCAAAGCAACAGGUUGUGCCUUCUUAGAGACCAAAGCGGGCUGGGGUGCGUCGUGGCGUCAGGGCCUCCCCCUGCUCCUUUCGCCCAGGGGUAUAGAUUUUAGUAGAUCUGUCAAAGAGGACAAGGGCAAUUAAUGGAAAA